AUGGGCCUGUCAUGCUCCUGUGGGCUCAGACGUCGUUAUCAGGGACUCAAGGUCCUCUCCCAGUUCUUGAGAGGCCAGCUCAUCCUUGAUGGAGUUAGACAACCCCUGGUGGAAAGCGGUGACCAGUGCCUCUGUAUUCCACCCACUCUCGGUGGCGAAGUCAGCCACUGGUCUGGCCCCUUGGCGGAUGUUGAACAGUUGGCUGGCUGCUUCUCAUCCGCCGACUGGGUGGUCAAAAACCCGUUAGCAGUGAAGGCUAAUAUGGAGCUGCAGGAGGGUGGCUACUGUUCCCACACUGCUGUUGCCAACGCCAAGGCAAUGCCCGAGAAGCUUAUGUCCUCUGUGAUGCCUCAGCCACAACAGAGGGAGGAAGGGGAGGAGGAAGAUGAAGAGCAAGGGUUUGUCGACAGUGCUGAUGAAGAGAAAGAGCCAGUGGAUUAUGUUCCAGUUAGCGACCCACGCAGGCGGGUCUCUGGCCCCGUUGAGCUGGUUGAGCCCAGUGCCGGAACACCCUCCGUGGGAGAGCAGGCCCAGGGAGGUUCUGGUCCUGGAGAGGCGUUACCUGUGGAGAAGCAGACUGACUGGGAGGACCAUAGUGUGGAGAUACCCAAGGAGAGCUCAAGUCUGAGGGAACACUCUGAAGAAGAUGUGACUGAUGCUGAGGCUGAGGCUGAUGCAGAGCCCCAGACAGGGAUCCUAGAGGUGAUCUAUGAUGACGUGCCCUGUGAGGGACCACUCUCUCCUGACGAAGGGGACAUGCUCUAUGAGGAUGUGCACAGAGAAGAAAGGCCACAAGGUGCAGGCAAUGAUUGGAGCUCCAGUGAUUUUGAGAGCUACGAAGAGCAGUCUGAUACCGAGAGCAAGCUACCAACCCUCAGCAAGGUAGGAGAGAUGUACUCUCCUUACCUGCGUUGGCUGAGGGAGCGUUGUGCCAGGACCAAACGUGAAAUAGUCAUGAGGCUGGGUGGCAAAAACAACUACAACACCAAGGUUCAUCAGCUAAUGAAGGCCGCCAGGAGUGGGACCAAGGAUGGACUGGAUAAGACCAGAAUAGCCUUUAUGCGGAAAGUCUCCUUCCUGCACAAGAAGGACCACUCAGAGGAUGUGGAGGAUGACGCAGGGUACCUGGAUGUGGCUGUGUCAGAUGUGAAACAUCCUCCUGCACAGCUGAGCCCUAUGCCUGAGGGACUGAGCAGCCAGCAGGUGGUCAGACGUCACAUCCUGGGCUCCAUCAUUCAGAGUGAGCGCAGUUAUCUUGAAUCCCUCAGGAGAAUCCUUGAGGAGUACCAGAGUCCCUUGCUGGAGGCGAACCCACGCAUCCUGAGCCCACGGAAGAUCCAGCCUGUAUUUUACCGCCUACGGGAGAUCACUCAGUGUCACUCCAUGUUCCAGAUCGCACUGGCGUCACGUGUGGCUGAGUGGGACAGCAGUGAGAAGAUUGGGGACCUAUUUGUGGCCUCGUUUUCUAAGUCGAUGGUGCUAGAUGUUUACAGCGACUAUGUCAAUAACUUCACCAAUGCCAUGGCCCUCAUAAAAAAGGCAUCCAAACCAGCCUUCCUGGAAUUCUUAAAGAUGAAACAGGCGUCCAGUGUUGACCGGAUCACCCUGUACGGCCUCAUGGUGAAGCCCAUCCAACGCUUUCCCCAGUUCAUCCUAUUACUGCAGGACAUGCUGAAGAACACACCUAAGGGUCACGUAGACUGGCUGCCUCUGCAGCUGGCUCUGACUGAACUAGAAAUGUUGGCUGAGAAGCUGAAUGCACAGAAGCGUGUGUCCGACCAAAUAGCUGAGACUCAGCAGCUAGCACGCAGUGUCAGCGACCGCUCGCUCAGCAAGCAACUGAACUCAGACCAGGGGUCGCUGGUGCUUUGUAAGACACUGAUUGAGACGGUGUAUGGGGAGCAAGGCCAGGUCCUGAAGUCUAAGGAGCGCAAAGUCUUCCUCUUCAACGAUAUCCUCAUCUGUGCCAACAUCAACGUCAAGGGGCCCCUUGAUAUCAGCAGCCUAGUCCCUGUUGGUCCUAAGUACACCGUGAAGUGGAGUGCCCCCCUGCUGCAGGUCCAGGUAGUGGAGGUGGGUCAGGAGGCCUCCCAGGAGACCCUGUUCCAACACGGCGGUGCCAAGCACCCUGGCAUUGCCUGUCCCCCAGGGAAAGUGAUCCUGGGUCCUCCACGGCUUUACCAGGAACUCAAGGACCUGCAGCACGACCUGUCUGUGGUGGAGGAGGUCACACUACUGGUGGGAACACUACAGGGGACAUACCAGAACCUGAACACGACUGUGGCCCAGGACUGGUGUCUAGCUCUACAGAGACUCAUUCGGAUCAAGGAGGAUCAACUUCAGAGUGCCAACAAGUGCCGCUUACGCCUGCAGGUGCCUGGGAGACCAGACAAGUCGGGACGUCCCGUCAGCUUCAUGGUGGUUUUCAACACCACCAGCCCCCUCAGCAAGAUCUCCUGGGUCAACCGGCUGCACCUGGCCCAGAUUGCGCAGCGAGAGGAGAACACACCAGGAUGGUUCUGUGCAGAGGAUGAAGUGAAGACCAUGUCACCAUUUUGGCCUUUACUGGCCUGCCGUGUGCCUGUCUUUAGCACCAAAUCCUCGGACAGGAAGUUUGAAGCUGCCCUUCACAAUCCAGGACAAUUCUCUGCAGGGUGCACCUUGCUACCUGAAGGCUACCUCUGGGUGGCCAGCGGAGGAGAUGUCGACCAGGGGCAGGUGGAGAUAUUCUCCCUGAACAGGCCCACACUGCGCCCAGUAAAGAGCCUCCAGGUGGGGGCCCCAGUGAGGUGUCUGGAGUAUGUGCCUGAACCUAGACCCUCUGAGGAGGUGGAGGCUGUAUCCUUCAAGAGCUCUACUGGGGUGGGGAACACCAUCUGUUUGGGACUAGAUGAUGGAAGCAUCCUGGUGUAUGGCAGUGUGAACACUGAGGCCCAGUGCCUGUUGAACCUGCGGAACCCUCAUAGCUGCCCUGUUCUAUGCCUCAGACACUGCACCAACUUCUUGUUUGCUGGGCUCAGGGAUGGAACCAUGAUGGUCUAUGGAAGAAGUAAUGGAGGUGAGUUGUGGGAGCCAGACUCCAGCAGGACUGUUAUUGUGGGCCCAGAGCCGGUGAGGACACUUCUGGUACUGGAGGACUCUAUGUGGGCCAGCUGUGCCAACUCUGUGACCAUCAUCGAGGGCUCCAGCCUUGCCACCCAGAUGCUCCAGUGUCUCAGUGUGGAACAGGUGAAUAGAAGAGCCCUCACUAAAGGCCAUCCAAACUCCUCCCCCAGCCCGCACCAUAUGGGCCGAGGCCAGAAGAGCAUGCGUGUCACCAGCCUGCUCAUCCACCAGGGGCUGCUGUGGGUGGGCACUGUUCAGGGAAUCAUCAUCACUCUGCCCGUGCCCAAACUGGAGGGCAUCCCCAAAAUAACAGGAAAGGGGAUGACCUCUCUGAAUGCCCACUGUGGUCCGGUGGACUUCCUGGUGGCCACGUCCAGCACCCUGUCCCCAGAGCUACUGAAGAGGGAUUCUUGGGCGGACGGACCCAACUCUGCCUGUGGAGAGGAGGACCGCAGUUACUCCUCCUCCCAGGAGUCUCUGCCGCAAUCAGGCUCCUCCCAGGGGAGGGGCAAGGGGCGGGGUGUGCUGCUACAGUACACGUUGCGCUCCACUUCGGGGUUGCCAGGGCGACCGCUAACGGUGAGGGGCGAUGAAGCAUCGGACUCCUCCCUGGAGUCUUUGGAGCACAGCCUGGAGGACGGCUCAAUCUAUGAGUUCAGUGGUGACCCAGAGAUGUGGGUGCAGGGACGCCCCUCUGAGCGGGACGGGGGGAGCAGGGACAGAGUGAUUUCGGCAGCGGUCAUAUCUGGGGGCAGGGGUUUCCACAGACUGAGGGAAGGGACAACGGAGCGGGCGGGGGUGGAGUCUUCAGAAACAACCCUGAUGAUGUGGGAACUACCACUGACAGUGUGAUCUGGGUAUCAACACUCAGGCAGUGUAGAGGGGAGAAGCAGAUCUUUUCCCCAGCCCUGCAUCCUUUCCAUCCCAUAAUGCCAGGAACAUGUACCAUGUGGAAGCAGGACAUUAGUGCUGGCACAGAGCACAAGGCCAGGCUGAUGACUCUUUGUGUUAGGGAGCUCCUGCAUGCUCCAUCUGAGGAAACCUGCUGGUGACCUGUGAGGCAUGGGGUACUGCCAUCCCAUUGGUGGAUCUGGAUGACCCUGCUUACUCAUUCUCAGCCACAGGCCCAGAGCCUUUCUUGUGACAGCUUAAACUGGUCCUCUCCCCUCCUUACAAGUAUGGAUAUGCAGAAAUCAAGCAUCAUCAGAGCUGACAGUGCUUGCCUCACACAUAUUUAUCUCCCACAGUUGACAGCCUUCCUUUGUGAGUAAGAAUUGACCACAUUUCUUUGAGAGUGACACUUUGUUGAAUCUACCAUGCUGCAGUGCCGAAGAUGGACCUCUUUUAUCGGAAGCCAUCUGUUUAGGGCUGAUAAAAGCUGAGAAACUACUGUAGGUGUUAUUUAGUUCUAUUAGUUCAGAAAACCUCAAGCACUCCCUGGCAAUGUGAAAUAUGUGAAAUGUCUGUCAAUGUGUCACAAGUGAAUCUGUGCUUUUAGAAAAAUGAAAGUGUGUUGGGCGCUGACUGUGAGUCCUUAAUCGUCAGAUUUUUUUUCUACUGCAUAAAUAGGUAGGUUAUCUGAGAUAUGAGAGGGAAUAGAAGGCAACGUCUUUGUGUCCUGGUCUAUCAGAGUUUAGUAGUUUUACAUUUAAAUGUUCCCACUUGUAUUACUACAAAGAGCAAAAUGCACACCAUACAUGUUUCUUGUGGAUGACGAUGAUACUGUCCAUUGUAAGUCAGUUAAAGCAAAUAUAUAUCCACACCAGCAUGAUGAUAUGCAACAAACUGCAUUUAACCUAUGUUACACAUCAAAAGGCCUACUGAAUUCAGUACAAAAGACAACGGCUACAACUGCUGCAGCCACCCAGACGUCAUUAGUGGCUGUGUGGAGGCACCUAAAACGGAGAAUGCUUUGUAUGGGUUUUUGUGGCAAUUUAACACACACAAACCUUUGAUAAAUCUAUCCCCUAGUGUCCUUAAGCAUUUUUAUCUCCUUUCCUUCACUCCCUGUUUGAAGCCAUUGCUAUCGGUGGUUUGGUGUGCUAACAGACAUGGUAAUCUCCUGCCCUGUUUCUGUUUCGAUUUUAUUCUGCUACAACGGAAAUGGCCUACCUUUGACAAUGUCUUUGAAAACAGUUGAUUGACAAAUUAAUUGAGAUGUUUGGCUAUGAAUGCAUGGUGUUGAAGACUUAGUGUUAUUUUGAGUUUCCUAUGCUGCCGGAUGGAAAUUAUGGUUGAUUCCAUAUUUUGUCACCACUUCUGUAGAAUAUGUUGUAUAAUUCCCCUUACAUCUCCAUACCCGAGUUCUCUUUUUCAUCCCAGUAGAAGGUCCUGCUUUCUAUGGUUCUGAAACAUUAUUUUAUUUGACUUCGUCUCCCCGGAAUUAAAAUAGAGUUGCUUUGUUUAACAGGUCAAGGUCAACAGAAAACAACUCAGUACAGUGUUACGUUGUUUCUAUGAAAAUGUACAGUGCACAUGAGAAAAGCUGUUGAAAGCGUACUGUACAAGACUUGUUUAGUGUUCCUAUGAUAAUACUAUUCUACAACACUAUUCUGGAGGUCACCCACAUGUCAAGGUUAUUUGGAUGUAGCCAGAGUGUAUGAUUGAGUAACCUUCAUGUAGUAUACAUCAUUGGCGGUCGGUGCCGUUUAAGAUGAGGGAGGCCAAUCUUUUAUUUUAUGAGAAUGACCUUAUUUCUAUUACAGCAUAUUGGAGGACUGUCAUUCACAUUCUAUUCACCCAGCUCAAUGAAACAUCUAUAGGUUUAGGCUACUACAUGAUACUCAAAUGUUUCCUAUACCCAUCAUGAGGUUACAACCUAGCUUCCGGAUUAAAGUUUACGACGUACAUGUAGGUGCACAGGUUGAGAGAGAAAUGACAUAUUCAAUAUCGCCUUGCAGACUCUUGCCUGCAUCUAGUUGAUCUAGGGUGUAAUCAUUAGUCCAACAGUUACAAAUGAGUGUCUGUUGGACAAAUUCAGGUAGGUUUAUCCCCGUUUCAUUCUGUUUGCUUCCAUUUAAGUUUUUCAACAGAAUAGGCAAAAUGAAUACACCCCUGACCACCGCAAACACAGUUCACUUUCAUAGCAGCCACAUACAAACAGCAUGAUCAUUUGCUUGUUGUAUAAUUCCUUCUCGCAUCUACAGUACGCAUUCUCAUCAUCUUAUACUUUCCCUUUCUCUUGUGGGAUUCAUAUCUUAAUGUGUGUCCGUCCUCUCAUCCUUUCCCAUCAUUUUAGCCUCAAUAUUAUUUUAUCUAUUCACACUCAUAAAUGGAUAUUGUCUAUUAUAACUUUACACUCAUACUAACCAUGCUGUCUGUUCCUAUAAAACAACAUUUGCAGCUACUAGCAGCUACCCAUACUUUGACUUUCAUUCACAUAAUUGAAAAUAAUGUGCCCUUAUAAUAUUUUGACACCCCUGUGGUAGAGAAAGAGGCUUAUGAUAAGUCACCCGGUUUAACUUUUGAACAUCAUGAAAUAAUGUGACUCAGUUGUAUACGUAGAUAGAGUGAGAGGUCUAACAUUAGAUGUACAGUAUAAUGUUAAGUUACAUUGCACAUAUAAAACAAUGCUUAACUCCAUUAAAUGUCAAUUCCAAUUGCCCUUUGGUACGUUAAUGAAUACAUGCUUACAUACUGUACUUUAAAAGUGUUUCAUAAUUCAUGUGUAAUAUGUCAAUGUUAAAUAAAUACUUCAUAGCGAUAA